AUGUCCCUUCCCGUUGCCUUCCCUUCCGCCCUCCGCCCUUCCUUCCCUUCGUCGCGCUCCCGUCCGCUCGUCGCCCUCCCUUCGUCUAGUCGCCCUCCCUUCCCGUUGCCUUCCCUUCCGCCCUCCGCCCUUCCUUCCCUUCGUCGCGCUCCCGUCCGCUCGUCGCCCUCCCUUCGUCUAGUCGCCCUCCCUUCCCGUUGCCUUCCCUUCCGCCCUCCGCCCUUCCUUCCCCUCGUCGCGCUCCCUUCCGCCCGUCGCCCUCCCUGCCGCUCGUCCCCUCGCAAUCCCGGUCUAACUCUCUCCCCCGUCGCCCUCGUUUUCCCCGCCGCCCUCCCAUCCACUCCUCGUUGCCCUCGCCAUCCCUCCCUUCUCCCUUCUCAUCUCGCACACUUGUCACGCCCCCUUUCCAACCCUGACAUGCACCCUUCCCUCUCCCGAAUAAUCGCCUAUCACCCCCACACUGCUUACCUCUCUCCCUCUUCCCCCCAUCAAUUGCCCUGCUCCCCACCGUCCUCUCCCAGCUCUCUCCCCGGCAUCUCUCCUGCUCCCCAUGUCCUCUUCCAUGUUUCCCCGGAGAAGGGAGGAUUUGAGGAAGUGGUGGGGAGGAGGGGACGUGGAAAGGAGGAGAUGGGGUACAGUGGGGGCGGGGAGAGGGGGAGACGGGUUGAGGCGGGGACGGGGAGAGGAGGAGACCAGGUGAGGAGGAGGGGACGGGGUUGCGGGAGAAGCAGCUCCCUGGUGCAGCAAAACACACGGGAUAAGGAGGUGCCGCAAGGCCAAGGACGGUGUGGGAAACACCUGGAGGGGAGGGGGAGAGGAUCGGAUGGCGAAAGGACGGAUGGGGAGAGGAGGGAUGGGGAAAGGACGGAUGGGGAGAGGAGGGAUGGGGAAAGGACGAAUGGGGAGAGGAGGGAUGGGGAAAGGACGGAUGGGGAGAGGAGGGAUGGGGAAAGGACGGAUGGGGAGAGGAGGGAUGGGGAAAGGACGGAUGGGGAGAGGAGGGAUGAGGAAAGGACGAAUGGGGAGAGGAGGGAUGGGGAAAGGACGAAUGGGGAGAGGAGGGAUGGGGAAAGGACGGAUGGGGAGAGGAGGGAUGGGGAACGGACGGAUGGGGAGAGGAGGGAUGGGGAAAGGACGGAUGGGGAGAGGAGGGAUGGGGAAAGGACGGAUGGGGAGAGGAUAGGAUGGGGAGAGGAUAGGAUGGGGAGAGGAUAG